GGGGAAUACGGCGCAGGGGCGGAGCCUCGCUGACCUCCGCUCCGGAAGUUUUUCUCUCAGUGGCCCGUGCACGUUGUGCCGGGUUUGCGGUGCUUUUGCUCUGGCUGCCUUUGCUGGUUUCUGAUCAUGUCUUCCAAAAAGAAUAGAAAGCGGCUGAACCAAAGCGCGGACAAUGGUUCGCCUUUGUCCUCCGUUCGCGCAGGAGCCGGGGCUGCUUCCCCUGAGUCGGACCUCGCGGUGGCGGCCGGAUUACUGGCGGUGACCAACUUCCUAGAAAAGGUGGAUGGCAAAGUCCCUAAAACAUUCCAAAAUUCCCUUAUUCAUCUUGGACUCAACACUAUGAAGUCUACAAACAUAUGUAUAGGUCGGCCGGUGUUGCUUACCAGUUUGGAUGGAAAGCAAGAGAUCUAUACAGCCUGGCCUGUGGCAGGGUUUCCUGGAGGCAAGGUUGGCCUUAGCGAUAUGGCACAGAAGAACAUGGGAGUGAGGGCUGGUGAUUCCAUCCGAGCCCAGCCUCUGCUGGGUGCCGUGCUACAAGCUGAGGAGAUGGACGUGUUACUGAGUGACAAAGAUAUGGAAAUUAAUGAGCAAGAGCUGACAGGAUGUAUUCUGAGAAAACUAGAUGGCAAGAUUGUUUUACCAGGCAACUUUUUGUAUUGUACCUUCUAUGGAAGACUGUGCAAACUUCAAGUGUUGCGAGUGAAAGGGGCAGAUGGCAUGAUCCUGGGAAAACCUCAGAGUGACUCCGAGACUGGUACCCAGGGAUUGGCCUCAGAACAGUCCAGCACAGAAACCAGUAGCCUGGAUCUAUCCUUCCGGCUAAGCCAGUUAGAUCUUGAAGAACCCCGAAGCCCAACAUCACGAAGUACUCCUUGUAAACCAGGAGAUGACAGAAGUAUAACAAAAGCCGGUGAUGUUUUGUUGGGUGUUACACAGAGCCCUGGGGAUGGCAGUGGACUUGAACUCAAGGAAGUCACAGGUCUUAAAUGUGGUUCUGAGUCUGCCAGAGAAGGCAGUGAGCAAUUUAACAGUGAGGAGAAACUGCUAAAAUCCAUCUGCAUGGGAGCAAAGUGCAAUACUGAUACUUUUUAUUUUAUUUCUUCAACAACAAAAAUAAAUUUUACAAAGAUUCGUACAAAUGCAAAAGAGCAAGAUGACUCAUUGAAAGUUACUUAUGACAUGAUAGGUGGCUUAAAUAGUCAGCUGAAAGCAAUUAGAGAAAUGAUUGAAUUACCUCUCAAACAGCCUCAACUUUUCAAGACUUAUGGAAUUCCUGCCCCUAGAGGAGUGUUACUCUAUGGUCCUCCAGGUACUGGAAAAACAAUGAUUGCCAGAGCCAUUGGUAAUGAAGUUGGAGCCUAUGUUUCUGUAAUUAAUGGUCCUGAAAUUAUAAGCAAAUUCUAUGGUGAGACUGAAGCAAAAUUACGUCAGAUAUUUGCUGAAGCCACUCAAAGGCAGCCAGCAAUUAUUUUUAUUGAUGAGCUGGACGCACUUUGUCCUAAAAGAGAGGGGGCUCAGAAUGAAGUGGAGAAAAGAGUUGUAGCUUCACUCUUAACCCUGAUGGAUGGUAUUGGUUCAGAAGGAAGUGAAGGACAGGUCUUGGUCCUUGGGGCCACGAAUCGUCCUCAAGCUUUGGAUGCAGCACUCCGAAGACCUGGGCGUUUUGAUAAAGAGGUUGAGAUUGGAGUUCCUAAUGCUCAGGACCGGUUAGACAUUCUCCAGAAACUGCUUCGAAGGAUACCCCAUUUGCUCACUAAAGCUGAGCUGCUGCAGGUGGCUAACAGUGCCCAUGGAUAUGUUGGAGCAGACUUGAAAGCUUUGUGUAAUGAAGCAGGUCUCCGGGCCUUUCGGAGAGUCUUUGAUAAACAUCCUAACCUCCCUGAUAGCAAGAUGGCUGGAUUGGUAAAGAUCAGCCUAAGAGAUUUCUUGCAGGCAAUGAAUGAAAUCAGGCCCAGUGCCAUGAGGGAGGUUGCAGUUGAUAUCCCAAAUCCAAGGGGCCGAAGCAGGAAGCCAGGAACUCAAUCCAGGUCUCCCACAUGGGUGGCAAGAACACAGCCACUCAAGCCAUCAUCGCUGCUUCCCAGGGACUGCAUGAGCAGGAAGCUGGAAUCAGGAGCCAGAGCCAGGAAUCAAAUCCAGGUAUCCUGGUCAGAUAUAGGAGGACUGGAAAAUGUCAAACUGAAAUUGAAACAGGCUGUGGAAUGGCCGUUGAAACAUCCAGAGUCUUUCAACCGAAUGGGUAUUCAGCCUCCUAAAGGAGUUCUCCUGUAUGGACCCCCUGGAUGCUCAAAAACAAUGAUAGCAAAGGCUUUGGCUAAUGAAAGUGGCCUGAACUUUCUAGCUAUAAAGGGGCCCGAAUUGAUGAAUAAAUAUGUUGGUGAAUCUGAAAGAGCAGUUAGAGAGAUCUUCCGAAAAGCAAGAGCAGUGGCUCCUUCCAUUAUUUUCUUUGAUGAACUUGAUGCCUUGGCAGUUGAAAGGGGCAGUUCUUCAGGUGCUGGGAACGUAGCUGACCGUGUUUUGGCUCAGCUCUUAACAGAAAUGGAUGGCGUUCAACAACUGAAGGAUGUGACUAUUUUGGCAGCUACUAAUCGCCCAGAUAGGAUAGAUAAGCUCCUUUAAUGCAGCUGGAAAAACAGCCGAGGAUGGCCUAAGUCCAAGUGCUCCUGCACUUGGAGUCCCACUUGGGAGAUCUGGAAGAAGCUCCUGGAUCCUUGCUUCAGCCUGGCCCAGCUUGAUCAUUGCAGCCAUUUGGGAAGUGAACCAGUGGAUGGAAGAUUCCUCUCUAUCUCUCCUCUCUCUCUGUAAAUGGAAGAUUUCUCUCUCUCUCUCUCUCCUUCUCUCUGUAACUCUGCCUUUUAAAAGAAAAAAGAAAGAUCAUAGUCAACAUAUUUGUAUUUAUAAUGCAAUUUUAAUAUGUAGAAUUCUGUUAAGACAUGUAACAAUGUCAACGGAAAAAAGCUGAAUUAGUUGUCUGUUUUAUUUUCCGUGUUUUAAAAAAAUCCUGUAAGUUAGAAAAUAAGACUUCUGGUCUGAAUAAAAAGUUGUGAUAGUUACUGAUGGUUGUAGCUUAAUGUGUUUUAUAACAUUAAUUAUUCCAAUGGCAUUCUGAAACCCCUAGUGUUUUUCAGUAUAACCUACUGUGUAGAUUCUCCUGGUCUUUCAUACCCCCAGGUCAUGGAGCAAACAAAGCUUUACAUGAUAAAAAUUGAAAUAGAAAUUUUAAACAUGACACAUAGCAUGAGUUUCAAGCAUGCUUAAACUGUGGUUGCUUCCUGUUAGUGCAUGAAGUUUCAGAAUGGCGUUGCAAAUAAUAAUAAGCACUUAAGAGUAUAGUAAGAAAUAAUACCAGAACAAAUCAGGGCGAUGUCAAUAGAAAUGAAAAGGGAGAAAAUUUACUCAAUUUUACCAUCAAGAAAUACUGGAUCUAGAAGAGGAAAUAUUAACAGCUUUCUCAAAUAGAUGAAAAUCAAGAGCCCAGACUAGCUGAUGGAGCUAAUUGAGCGUUUUCUCCCCUCAACAAAGUGCCAUGGUUAAUUGCUCACCCUGCUCUUAGAAGAGUAGCCGUCCAGUGCCAGCUAAAGACAGAAUAUUAGGAUCAGCACAGUAUGUGAUGUAGCCUGGCCCCAGGGAAGAGGCAUAUUAGCAGCAAGUUCAGGCAACUGGACUCUUCUGUCUCCUCAUUUUGGGGGAUUAAACACUGUUUUAAAAGCAGGAAAGCCCCUGCUAGUAAAAAUGCUUGAGGUAGAGGUCCUAAGACCUUUGCUGCUGAAUGCAGGUCAUUGGGUGGUGGGAAUGAAAUCAGAGAGUAAAAACAGGAAGUGACUGAGACCACAGUGGGACCUCCUGGGGGCUCCUUUGAAAAGGCACAGGCCAGGGAGGGGUCCCCUACCCCCAAGCAGAAAAAUUACUCCUGAGGCAGGGAAGAGUCACAAGGGAAUAAAAAAGCAGAGCCAAUGGUAUACAUAGAACUUGAAUUUAAAAUAACUAUAAAUGAUCUCUUCAGAGAGCAUAGGGACAAUUACUGAGUUCAUAGAGUGAAAAUAGGACCAACAAAAGUUAUUGAAUUGCUAAAACUAGAAAACAAAACAAGACAAAAAGCAAUUAAACAGCUGGAUGGACGUAACCAGAGGAUGAAUUUAUGAUUUGAAGAUCAAGUCCAGAAAUUCUUCUAGUAGGCAUCAAGAAAAGAUAAUAAAAUAGAAAGAAUGUAAAAAAAUUCAAGAAAUGUGAAUGACAGCCAUUUCACUUAUCACUCGAAGUCUCAGAAGAAGAGCCAAGAAGUAAACUGAGGGGAGGAAAUGUUUUAACUUAAUUAGUAACUGAGAAUUUUCUGGAAUUAAAGAAAGAUACAACAAUUAAGAUUAAAGGGUUCAGAAAGAGCUGAAGGAUAUAGAUAGGAAGAAAGCUUGCAGUUAUUGCAUUCAAAUAGUAGAAGAUCAAAGCUUUCAGGUGGGGGAAAACAGAUAACCUAUAGAGAAACAUGAGCCUGAUUUCUCAACAGCCUUAGAUACAAGUGGAAACUGAAAUAACACAUUCAGAAUAUUGGAUAAAAUAACUGUGGGCUUAAAAUUUUAUCCAACUAAACUGUAAUUUAAAUAUGAAGGAAAAGUAAAGGUGUUUCCUGAGAUGCAAGGUCUCAGAAAAUGUACCAGAGACCAUCUCUGAAAGAGUCCUGUUAGUCUUUCAGCAUUUGUGGGAAUAAGAAGGGCAACAAGAGGUUGAUUGGAAACUUGAGUAGGUGAAACUUUCAUGAAAUUCUUCAGGGAAAAAAAAAUAUAAAUCUUAAUGAAUUUUAGUUAGUAUGGACCUCAAAACUAAGCUCUCUGUUUAAUACCAGAUCGUAGAUAACAUGAAAAGAGUGUUAUAAAUUGUGGGGGGAGCUCCUAUAGCAAAACAAAAACACUGAUUGUGUUGUCAUCUUACCCUGUCAAAGAACCAUUAUGUUAACAAAACUAUUAAUAUUUUUCUACUUUAGAUCACAAGGAGUAGAUGCCCAGUAUUCUAUUUUAUACAUUUCUGUGCCCCAAGUCAGUGUUCACAAGGUUACAAGUGGUUGUAUUUUCUGAUGAGUUAACAGAGCAGCUUGUAAUGCUAUCAUUUCACAACCUUGAGUUGGCUCUAACUGGAUGCCCUAUACUCCUUCCAGUUCCAAGCUCUUUUCUAUUCUCAAACAUUUUUCCUUCUUCAGCUCUGUUAUCAUGAUUGUAACAGUUAGAUGCUAUAUGAUCAGCCUUGUAGAAGCAAAUUAAUCAGAGUAAUUAUUUAAAUAAGAAGACUUCAUGUGUGGGAAGUGCAUGGCAUAGAUACAUACGCAAGAUAGUUUAAGGAAAUCUCUUAUUAGACCCUGGCCGCCUAAAAUUGAAUCCAUGUGUGAUGGAAGUGGAGCUUACUUUAAGGACCUGAGGCACCACACCAAACCAGAGAGCAGUGGGAAAUGCUAAGUGAUAGGUUAGAAACAGUGGAGGAUUUCUGAAGCAUCAGUUUCCUGAGUGUGGUCUGGAAAGCCUAAUUUCUGUUUGCCAUGUUCUCCGCGUUACAGUGAAGAAGACCUUUUAGCUAUCGUCUGUCAUCUUGUUCUGACCUGUGCCUCAGAUCUGAAAGAACUGAGGGCUGCUGUUGUUACAAACUUUUUUUAUACCCAUUUAUGUGAACAGGAUUUAUCUGUGCUUUACGCCACAAAAAUACAAAACUGAAUGGCAUUUUAAAAAUUGAAUCAUACUGUAAGUUGUAAUUGCUUAUGUUACAAGCACUCUUCACGGAGGGAGUCUAAGAGAGAGUUCCACUUGUCUCAUUAUAAAUUAAUUUCCAGUGAAUUUUAACUUUUUUAUGUUUAAUAUUUUCUCAAGAUCUUUAAUAUGUUUAUAUAACUGUGCAUAAAUGACCCUAAUGUUAACCAAACCUGGGGAAAUUUAACAUUGAGCAGGUACAUGUGAAUGAAAUUUUUAAAAAUUUCAUUAUACAUAGAUAUUUUUGCUUCUUAGAAUUAUUUAUAGGAUGCUCAGUUAUAUAGGGUGGUUGUACAAAUUCAAGGAAAAAAUGAAAAAUAAUGUAAAAUUUCUCUAAUCUGGUUUUUAUUUUGAUGGUGUCGGGUUAAAUCACUAGCAGUUUAAAUGUGCUGAACACAUUGAAGAGUUGAUGUAAGGUCUUAUUUUUAAAUCUCAAUGUUUACAGUGCUUUGGAAAUUACAUCUUUUGUAACUAUUUAAACAUGGAUUUAUAUGAGAAGGCAAAAUCUCAGUUUUCCUUUUUAGUAUACAUAGAGUUCCUUUUUAGCACACUAAGAGCUACUUGUAUGUAAUGACUGAGACCAGCACUCAAAGUUUUUUGAGAAAGGGGAGGAGUGAUGAGAGCAAGAAAUGAUUUUAAAAUUAAACAAUGAAGCUUUUCCAGGGAGUGGUGAAGAGUGGGUGGUUAUAAAAUGACUUUUGGAAGCAGAUCAGCCAAAAAGGUGAAAGGAUCCGAAUGCAGAUAGAGCAUAGGAUAAUGGACUUGGUCCCUAGCCAGCCUGUAGCAACUGCCUUAUUAUAUUUUAAUACUGUAUGUGCUGUUAGCUAUGUCUGCCAAAAUGACUGACUUUAGUAACUAGAGUUGAGAUAGCUGGCCCACUGAUACCCCCACAGCCUUUUCUGAACUAGAACAGAAGGCCUAAAGUGUUUAAUUACUGAUAAAAGGUACUCACCCUGGCAAAAAAUGGCAACAUGGUAGAACUGAAGUCAGUACAAAGCGCACACACACACACACAUUUUUUAAAACACUGUUUUAACUGAGAUCAAACCUGAAAAAAUGAAUCAUUGCUUGCAACACUUGACAAAAUCCUGGGAGAAAACUAGAAUCAUUUAUUUCAUAAAAUUUAUCAUAGGCCAGUAGGAUUUUUAAAAAAAUCGUAAAAAGGGUGCAAUAAAGAGAUUUAAAAUUAUGAGGAAAAAUAAAGGAUUGAGGAAAUAAAGUAAGGAAUGAGAAUAGGAAGUCUUUAAAAAAAUAGAAAUGAAGACUAAGGUUUUCUUCUUCAAGUCAUAUAUUUUUCAGUUUCAAAUUAAAAGUACUAUGUUUUUCUAAAUCAGAGUCUCAAGCCUCUGUCUGGGAACUGUGUGUGUACAUCAAAAUGUGCAGAUGCUCUCUCUUCUUAACUGGAUUGUAAUAUGGGCUAGCAAUCUGAAUCACUGCUUCCUCCUCUCUGCCCCCACAAGCACACACAAAAACCACUAGAUUUUGCAGAUGGAAAUGUGCUGUCUAGUUCAAACCUAAUCAUGAUGAUUUUUACUAUAUUUAACAAACAUUUACACAAUUUUUACAUUUUUAAGCAUUAUUUUAGGAAAUGGAUGUUAAAAUAGUCUUAAGAAUUUUCUUUAAACUUUUACCAGCUAACAUGGUACUUAUGGUAUGAAACUAGAAGCUUGCAUACUAUGAUUAGGAACAAGGAAAGGUUAACUGAUUUCAGCAAUACUUUUCUACUUCAUAUUGGAAGUUCUAGCUAAUACAAUAAGGAAAAGAAAAUAAAAGGUAUACAGAUUGGGAAGCAAGAAAUACAGCUGUAUUUAUUGACCAAUGGCACAUUUACCUGUGUAGAAAAUCUAAAAAAAAAUUGACCAGAAAAACAUAUGGCACUAAUAAUUGCUUAUGUAAAGUUGCAUGAUACAGCGUUAAUAUACAAAGGCACUUACUUUUGUAUGGAUCAGCAAUAGACAAGCAGAAUCUGAAAACAAAGCCCAUUAUCAUCUAUAUCAACACCUAUUUUAACAAAAUAAUAUAUGAGGACAACUGUGAAAGAAAUCAGAGAAAAAUAAAUAAAGGGAAAGAUAAUCCAUGUUUUUGAAUAGGAAGACUCAAUAUUGUGAAGAUGUCAGUUCUUUCCAACUUGAUUCUCAAUGUUCCCAAUCAAACUCUUAGCAAGUAAUUUUAUGGAUAUUGACAAAUUCAUUUGAAAGUUGAUAUGGAGAAGCUACAGACCCAGGCUAAUAAAGGAGAAGAAAGUCAGAGGACCACAAUACCCAUUUGCAAGGCAUACUGUAAGCUACAGUAAUCAAUAUGGUAUGCUAUUAGUGAAAGAAUAAACAACUAAAUGAAUGGAAUGGAAAGGAACCCAAAAAUAGUCCCAGGUAAAUAUGGCCUGCCAGCAUAAAUCCUAUGAGGCAGUAGUGAUGGCUCAAGUGAUUGGGUUACUGCUAAGCUGGUGGGAGACCUGGGCUGAGUUCCCAGCCCCACCUUUGUCCCUAAGGAGGAGAAAUUGCAGGCAUUUGAGGAAUGAACCUGCAGGUGAGAAUGCUGUUUAUAUCAAAUAAAUGAAAUGAAAAUAUGAAGAAAACUGUACAGAAACACACAUAAAUAAAAACUAGACACACACAUAAACAAUUUUAUAAGUAAUACCAUCCUGCAAAACUUCUACUCUCAUGAAAGUAUUGGAAUAGAUUAUCAACUUUUCUUUACCUCAUUCUCAUUAGAGUGGUUUACUUGAAUGAUGAGACUAAUGAUAGAAAGAAAAUUGUACAGCAUUCAUUUGGUGGUGACGAGGGGUGAGACCAAACCAUGUGUUAAAUUCAAGGGAAUAAGAUAAUAAUUAUCAUUAACUUCUUGGUGGAUGCAAUGUGAGCUAGGUGACAGUGGAAUUCUGUCUUUAAAGUAAUUUAAAAAAUUCUAUCUCAAGCAAAAAUUCCUUCAAAUAUGAAAAUAUUACUGAAGUUGAGAGACUCUGUUGUUAACAAACUUGACCAGCAGUACAAGCAAUGAUAAAGGUUUUCAGCCUGAAGGAAAUGAUACUGGAUGAGGGCUGGAAUCCAAACAGUUCAUGGAAGCUUGAAAGGAAUACAGUGUUAGACAUUAUAAAUAUCAGAAUAAUACCAAAGAGUUUUUUUUCUCAUUUUCUAAUUUAAGAGAUAAUUAAAUUACUAUUUAAAGAACAGAGAACAUCAUAUUACAGAGUUCUGUUGUAUUUAUCAAAGUUAAAUAGGUGACAGUAUUACCAUAAAGGACAAGAGGAUGAGGCUGGUGCUGUGGCAAAGUGGGUUAAGCCACCGUCUGCAGUGUUGGUAUCCCAUAUGAGUGCUGGUUCAAGUCCUGAAUCCUCCACUUUGAUCCAGUUCCCUGCUAAUGUGCUUGGGAAAGCAGUGGAAGAUGGACCAAGGCCUUGGUCCCCUGCACUCUUGUGGGAUACCGAGUUGAAGCUCCUAGCUCCUGACUUUGGCCUGGCCCAGCCCUGGCCAUUUCAACCAUUCAUCCAUUUAGGGAUUAAACCAGCAAACGCAAGAUCUAUCUAUUUCUCCCUCUAUCUCUCUUUCCCCCCCUUCCUCCAUCCCUCCCCCCCUCUUUCUCCUUCUCUCUCUCUGCAAUCCUGCCUUUCAAAGAUAUAAAUGAAAUCUUAAAAAAAAAUAGGGAUAAGAGAAAGGAAAAUGGAAACAUACUCUUAGAAGGUUCUUAUUAAGCAUGAAGUGGUAAAAUAAUAUUUGUAGGCAAGCUAUCAGUCCGGGAUUACAGUGUUGAGCUCCCAAAACAAUUGCAUUUACAUCUGUGGUGAUACUUUCCCAUGUACAUUACCAAAACUGAUAACUGUCCAUGGUAAGAUUUUGAGAAAAACAACCCUCUGAAUUUAAGGUUAAAAACAAUAAUAAAAACAUUUGGCAAGCAGUCAAUAUUUGGUCCUAGCUUUCUUUUACCAUCUGUGUAACCACAUCACUUCAAAAUUUCUUUGGACCUUAAUUUAUAAACUAAGAAGAAGUUAUAAGAAGAAUCAGAAAAAAAUAUAUACCUAUACAUAUAUGUAACAUAAAAAUCAUUAGCUCCUGGUGCUUUCCACAUUUGUUAACUGGUAAAGAAAUUUAGACUCAAAACAGUUGACUGUGGAGACCUCAGGAAAAGCAAUGAGUACAAUAGAUGAUAUGAAGUCUCAACGAUGGAGAGACUGAGUCUCUUGCCAGUGGUUGUGUCUCAACUUUCUUCUCCAGCCUGCAUCCCCUCUCACACUCUGCACCAUCACUUAGUUUUGUAUCUUGGUAUAUGUCUAUGUGUUAACUUCACUUUUGAGAAAUAUUUCCAUUUGUUCUGUCCACUGUAUUCCCCACACACACUGUUUUUGCUAGUUAAAAUAUUAAUGUUUUAUUUUUAAAAUAUAUUUUGUUUCUCAGCAAUUUGAAAAUAUUGCUGUUCUGUUCAUUUUAAAUCAUGUAGAAUUUUUUUUUGUUUUUUGCUUGUUUAUUUUUGUACCAAAAUAAAUAAUUAGCAUGUUCAUAUGCCAUUUUUCUCAAAGCCAAUAAAAAGUACUUUAAUAUCUAGAAAUUUGCUUUCAUGUAUUUUCCACUUCUCCACUCACUGAGAUCUUUCAUUUAGGUCAUUGUUUUUGUUUUUUGUUUGUUUGUUUUUUCCCACAGUGUCUUGGCUUUCCAUGCCUGAGAAACUCUCAUGGGGUUUUUAGCCAGAUCCAGAGUUUUUUUCAUCCCAUCUGCUGGGCUCUUAAGGCCUCUGACAGUACAGCCUUCCCUGCUCCUCCACAUGUGUACCUUCUACAGUUUCUAAACUCCAGUCAUCACUACUCACAUUUCUGAUUCCAGGAAAGGACUUUCUUAGCAAAACUUCAACUACUGAAUUUUAAUGAAGUGACCUCAAAUCCAAAUGAUUAACCCCUUUUAGAAAGUGGUUUCGUGUAUUUGAGCAGAGGUUUUUCCUUCAGCUCCACAGGUUCCCUAGAACAACAUAGGUUUUUGGGAUACAGAACCCUCUGUUAUGCAGUAUUUUGCCUACGGCAUAUAUUUUCAGGGUUGUUUUAAUCUCUCAAAGCACUAUCAUAUUUUUAAAGAAUGUGUUACUGUGGAAAGGUAAGGAAUCACUAGUUGAGGAAUUUUUUAAAAGAUAAAUGAAAAAAUAUAAAUUAUUAACAUGAAAGCACACUAGAAUGUUUAUAUGAGCCUUUUUUCUAGUAGGAAGUUUCUUUAUGUGUUUUUGACCCAUGAUUAGCUUAAUAAAUACAUUUUUUCUUUAAAUAGGUGGUUCUCAAAAGAAGAAUUGUAAUUUAAUUUGCAAAGCAAAGUAUUACUUAAUGACAUCUUAAUUAGUUAACCUGAAACAAACCACUUGCCACAUUCACUUUGCUUCUAAUGUUAUAAACCAUGUAGUCUUUUGUUUAUUUAUUUAUUUUAUUUCAUUUUAUUUUUAUUUGAAAGAGUUACAGAAAGAUCUUCCAUCAGCAGGUUCACUCCCGAAAUGGCCGGAGCUAGGUUGAUUCCAAACCAAGAGUCAGGAUCUUCUUCCUGGUCUCCCACGUGGGUGCUGUGUCCGAAGUACUUGGGCCAUUUUCUACUGCUUUUCCAGGUGGAUUAGCAGGAAGCUGGAUCAGAAGUGGGAUGCCUGCACUGCAGUUAACCACUAUACCACAGUGCCAGCCCCACUAUGUUGUCUUUAUUAAAAUCACAGCUUUCUGUAUCAUCAAAUGAAAGUAAAUGUUUCCCCUUUAUGAACGAACAAAACCUUUUCAACUUCAGUCAUGAAACAUAGUUGUUGUUGAGUCUUUUUCAUUCAUAGUUAUAAGAAAUAGAUAAUGAAAAGGACCCAUGUUUUGAAGCUUUUCCAAAUACACAUACAACCCUCAUCCUUUAACCUGUCACUUCUUAGGGUACUUACUCAGUGUGUGUAAUGAUGAGAUUGAGUAAUAGUGUUGUUGUGAUAAAGCAGAGAAUAGAUUGAAACCCUUGAUGGUCUGAAAUCUCCUGUUUCAAUAGGACCAUUUGGGAAGAUGAAAGUGAUUUAAUCACAACCACUUUUGACAGAAAAAAUGACAAAUCUGAAUCUCAGAUCAGAUUGUUCUCUAUUUCUUUUGGACAAUUAAAUGUUUGCAAGUCCUAUUGGAAUUAGUCUAUGAUAACGUAUUGGCACUGAAAGAUUAACCUCAGGAAUUUCAGAGCAAAGUUUGUAGUUUGGGUGUUAAUGCAAUUUAUAUAAACUCUCAGUAUAAGAUAUAAGUUUACUGAGCUAUCCUUGAUUUGGUUAUAGGCAUAGCAAUCAUAGAAAUAAAUAAAACAUCUUUUCCAUAUUAGUUUGACUAGUGAAGCUAAGUGCAGGAAUACAUGUUAUAUAGUGGCUCCCUCAAGUUUGAGUCUAGAAAUAUAGAGAGCAUAGGCAGUGUACAAACAUGCUUACAUUUGCAUCAUGUCAGUGGAAGAAAAUACAGAAGGAACCUUUCAACACAAUAAAUCUCUACUAAAGAGAGUGCAUUGCUUGCUGCAACCUGUCUGCAGCAGUCAGAGGAAGGAAGUCAGCAAGAAAGGGAAAGAAUGCCAGGUUGCAAGUGCCAAAAUGUCUCAUCUCUUGCAAUUCAAGAAAAACAGAUUGUAACUCAAAACAAGGUUCAAAUUCAGCUGCUAAAAUUAUAGUGGUAUCCUAGAUUUAAAACUCCAUUUUUCUACAUAAGGGGGAAUCUUACCCUAAAAAUUGAUAGUGAAAGGUACAGUGACUAUGUACUGAAAGAUUUUGGAAAUCAUGUUUUACAUUCUUAUUUUUGGAUAAGACUAAAUGAAUCAGAGAGCAUUAUUUGACUCCUUAUCUAGUGUUCUGUCCUUUGUACUGCUUGGAAAAGUAAUUCCAACAAAUUUCAGAUAAAUCAUAUAUGUCUCUUCAUUGAUUAUUAAGCGUAUCUCAGUUUUGAAGGAUUUGCAGAUAAUUUGUUGCUUAGCUUUCUUUUUUCUUUUUAAUGAUUUAUUUAUUUCCUUGAAUGGCAGAGUUACAGAGAGGCAGAGGCAGAGGCAGAGAGAGGUCUUCCAUCCUCUGGUUCACUUCUCAAAUGGCUGCAACGGCCAGAACUGGGCUGAUCUGAAGCCAGGAGCCUUCAGCUUCUUCCAGGUCUCCCAAGUGGGUGCUGGAGCCCAAACACUUGGGCUGUCUUCCACUGCUUUCCCAGGCCAUAGCAGAGAGCUGGAUUGAAAAUGGAGCAGCCGGGACUCCUUCAGGUGUAUAUAUGGAGUGCUGGCACUGCAGACUGUGGCUUUACCUGCUACGCCACAGCGCCAGAAACUUAGUUGUCUUGUAAAAGUUUUGCCAAUUUGUAAUCUGACAUUCUGAUGCAUUUGGGAACUGCUAAAUACAUUAUUCUUACAGUAAUUUCUCACUCAAUUACGAUUUUGAUAAAGCAAGCAUGAUUCUGUGGGGGAAUAUUUUGUGUACAUAGGAACCAAAUCUUAGGGAAGUGCUGGUUGUGAGGUAGACAUUAUAAAUUGCCAAGAAAGAAAAUGCACCCAAUUAAAGUAUGAUAUGCAUCCAUUGCAAGCCUCACUAAUUUCUACAAUACUACAAGCCGAAGUAUUGUGCUCCUUAGAAUCACUGAAAUACAGGAGGUGGCUAGUUAGGAAAGGUACAAGCCUUUCUGAAGUGGGGGAGGCAGCAAAGUAAAGGCAAAUGCACAUAGUAAAGAUAGAAUCUGCGUUAGGCUCCUCAAAGGAGCAAUGAGAGAUUACUGGAAGGCUUAGACUGGCAGACCCCCAGACUGGGAGAUGCAGAAUUGAGGGCAGUGCCCAGACUAAAGCCCAUUGUUUUCAGCUGCAGCCUUCUGGUUCUGUGUAUUCGUGAAGAUGGUAGUGUAUCAGAAAUCAAGUCUUUUUUGUUUUUUGUUUUUUUUUGUUUUUGAAAGGUAGCAUUAUAGACAGUGAGAGAGAGACAGAGAGAAAGGUCUUUCUUCCAUUGGUUCACCCCCAAAAAGGCUGCUACGGCCGGCGCUUCACUGAUCUGAAGCCAGGAGCCAGGUGUUUCUUCCUGGUCUCCCAUGUGGGUGCAGGGGCCUAACACUUGGGCCAUCCUCCACUGCCUUCCUGGGCCACAGCAGAGAGCUGGACUGGAAGAAGAAUAACCAGGACUAGAACCCAGAGCCCACAUGGGAUGCCAGUGCCACAGGCGGAGGAUUAACCAAGUGAGCCACAGCGCCAGCCAGAAAUCAAGUCUUAGUGUAAUGGGAGAGCAACUCUAAAAAUUUUAAGACUCCUCUAGAAUUUAGAAGUAAAUCGAUUGUAUGUGAGCCUAAAGCAUUUGAACCUUAUGUUUGAGGCAACAUUGAGCCCCAGAAAUGAAUAAAAUCAAGUGUUUUUAGGAGAUGGAUCUAAAAAUGAUGUGAAUAAUUGUAGUCUGCCAAAACUCAUCUUUUUUUGCUGUACUCUUUCUGGAGAAACAAUAAUGAUGUCAUGAGUAGCCCUUUUUGUUUGUCUUACCUCAUUAUACGAUUGCUUAGAGAAAAAUUCAAGUUCUACAUUUGGUACUAAACAAACCAUAGAUAUUUACAUGAGGUUUCUUCUCACCCUAACCAGUAGGCUCAGUGCUAAGACCUAACAUUCUAAAUUAGGUUACAUCUUAAAAAAAAAUGAUUCACUUUGGGUGGAGUACAGACCUGCCCAUAGCCAUCAGUUUUACUGCAGGCACUAUAAAGACACACCUCUUCCUGAAAAUACAGACAACACAAAUUACUGUGGCCAGCUUCUUGCGUUAUCAUCUUCACAUCAGCUCGUUCCUAACUGCUAAUCACUUAUACCACUGUUGUAAACACUGUCCUUUCCAAGCCCCAGGCUUCCUGUGCUAGUGUUCUAGGAUAACCUCACCUUCACGGUAUCCAUCCAGCCCAUAGAGAUUUUCUCCCUCCUGGAUCUCUCACAGCCCCCAUUCUCUGAAUUUCACGUUUUGACACUUACUUUCCAUUUAAGUUCUUCUCUAAUUAUCUCAUGUAAUUUAUUUCCCCAAUAAAAAUUUAAAGGCUUGAAUGGUAGACUGUACCAUUGCAUUUCUUUAAAGUUCCUCACUGUGUCUAGCAAAAAUUUUAUUUUUGUAAAUAUGUAAUGAAGAUUUAUUGAAACUUAAAGUUUUGUUGAGGUAUCUAUGCUAAUACCUUAUUACUUUGUUCAGUAAUUUAUUACUUUGAGAAUUUUCUGUUGUUUUGUAAACAUUGGCAUAACUUUGAGAUAUCAUGGUUAUAACUGACUCAUUAUAGAAAAUAAACUAAGGAUUCCUAAUUCAGCUUUAUUUCUUUUUGGUAUGAAUCCUGGAGCAAACAACAAAUGAUACUUCUACUUUUUUUUUAGUGAUUCUCUUAAUCGGAAUAUAUUUUUAGUGGCAGUAAAAAUUUGAAGUUUGCAGGUUCUUCCUGUCUCUGAAAACACUUAAAUUCUCCUUUUCAUUCAAGAUGAGGUCACUGAAAUCUCUAAUAGACAUCUAGGACUUUGGUUUUCAGUUAACUUUAAGGUUGAUUUAUUUGGAAUGUAAUAUAAAAAUAUAUUAGAAUUUGGAAAGCCUCUUCUUAGUGUAAAAUUACUGAUAAUAAUAAUUUAUAUGAAAUUUCCAGAAGAGGAAACCAUGUAGACACGAAAAGUGGAUCAGUAAUUCUCUUGGGCAGAGUUAAGGGGUUGCCUAGAGAAUUAACCAUAAUCAGGCAUAAGGCUGUACGGGGGACAGUGAAAACAUUCUACAGCUAGAUUAUGUUAAAGAUAUCACUACUUUUGUGAGUUUACUAGAAAACAUUGCAAUGCGCAUUUAGAAUGGUGAAUUUUUUGAUAUGUAAAGGAUUCCUCAUGUCUUCGGAGAUUAUAUGGUUAAGUUUUAUUUUGUAAUGAAUUUCACAUAAUAACCAUUUGAAGCAAAUAUGUUGAUUGAAAUUUUAUCAUUAGUAAAGCAAUUGCUGUUGUUUAAUAAUUGUACAGAUAUAUGUUAGUCUCAUAUCAUGACUGCUGAUAAGUUUUUGUUUUAAUGCCUAUAUAGAUUCAGGUGAUUCUCAUUUAUACUCUGAUCUUUCUACUCUAAAAAUGAUUCAGUUCUUCUUUUUUUAAGUUUAUUUAUUUGAAAGGUAAAGCACAGAAAGAGAGAGAAAAAUGCAGAUCUUCCAUCUGUUUUUCACUCACCAGAUAGCCCCAGCAUUCAUCACUUGGCCAGGCCACAGCCAAGAGACCAGAACUUCAUUCAUCCAGGUCUGCCAUCUGGGUUUCCAGGGCCAAAAUACCUGGGCCUUCUUCUACUUCCUUUCCAGGCACAUUUGCAGGGAGCCAUGUCUAAAAUAUUUUAGCCAGGUCUCAAAGUGGUAUUCUGAGGUGGAAUGCUCAUGUUGUAAUAGAGGCCUAAUCCUCUGUACCAAAAUGCUGGCUCCUGUUUUUCAAUUCAAAGUAUUCAACAUAAAUUUUUAAGGGAAAAUCUUAAUUUUUCAUGUAUAGUCAUCCCUCAAUAUCUGUAGGGUGGGGUCAGUGGUUCCAGAACUACUUCUCCCACCUGCCAGUGCUCAAGUCCCUUAUGUGGAGUACUUCUAAAAGUUCUUAGAAAAAGAUGGAAUUAAGGGACAGAUACUUGGCACAACACUAAAGUUGCUACUUGGAAUGCUCGCAUCCCUGAUCAGAGUGCCUGAAUCAAGUCCCAGCUCCUCUGCCUCUGAUCCAGCUUCCUGCUGACAGGCACCCUGGGACGCAGCAGUUGAAGACUCAAGUAUCUGGAUCUCUGCCAUACACCUGGGAGACCUGGAAUGAAUUCCAGGCUUCUGGCGUCAGCCUAGCCUAGCCCUGGCCAUUUGGAGGUAUUUGGGGAGUGAACCAGUGAAUGCAAAAUCUCUCUCACUCUCUCCCCUCUGCCUUUCAAAUAAAAUGAAAAUAAAUUUUGAGAAAGAAAAAUAGAAUUAAAAGGUAAGCUUACAUAGCUUUUUCAUAAUAUGUAUUUUCCAUGAACUUUUUGAAAACUGCUUAUAUGCAUGGAUUUCAAAUUCCUUUUGCACCAGAAUAAGCUUAUCUUUUAAAUCCAUUUUUGUAAACUUUUUGAAGUAAUCACAUUUAAAAUGAUGUAAUAUUUCCAUAUAAUCACAUAUUUAAAAUUGUCUUUAGAUUACUAAUAAUACCUGAUACAGUAUAAAUGCUGUGUAGUUUUAUUUUAAUUAGUGGAUAAUGUCAAGAAAAAACAUGCAUAUUAAGUAUGGAUAUAAUUUUCACCUUACAGUUGGCUGAAUCUGCAGUUGAACCUGUGAAUGCAGAGGGGCCAACUAUAUUUCUAAGACUAAAUUUGAGAGAUAAUCACUUUGGAGGAAAAAUAAAAUUUAGAAAGCUGGGAACUUCUAUCCAUCUCUUAAUAUACAAACUGUUAGUCUCUGUUCACUCAUGUUUAAUGCCUAAGAAUUUCCCAUGUCUAAUAUGCCUUUGUUUUAUACUUUUAGAUCUGUUUUCUAGAUUUGUGUUCUUAAGUCCAGUUGAGCAUUGAGGCUAAAUUUUUACUUCAGAAAUAUCUACCAUCAAAUUAGCAAAAUCCAAAGCUACAAGAGAACUUAAAAACCAUCUAAUGUGCUUUACUAUAUUAUACUUGUGAUUAGAAUCCCUGGAUGUUUCAAGAACUUGUUGUUGUUGUUUAUAGGAUUAGUUGAUUUUUAGGUGUCUCUUAACUGUCAAGGAAUAUUCAUAAUAAACCAGCAGAAAUUCCCCAUUUUGUAAGAGAGAAGGGAGAGUCAUGCUGGUUUCCUUGAACUCUGGAAUUCCAUAAAUCUAUGAACUAUAACUGUGGUGAAUGCAAUGCUAUGGCUCUGAAACUUCUUAAUCAACCUUGCCUAGUUCCAUUUGCUCAUAAUCCAACUGACGUUAAUUUCACAUUAUGUUAUGUAGAUGCCAUCCAUCUUUCUCUUUGUACUUUUUACAAGGGGUGUACCAGAUUAGUAAAAGCACAUACUCUGGAUUUGAGUCUUGGCUCUGCCAAUCGUAUACUCUGUGAGCUUGGACAAGGUUAUUCUUUCCAUACAAGAAGAAUAAAACUCAUUAUAAAAUUGUGAGGGUUAAAUAAGUUAAUGGAUGAGAAAUGCUUGGAAUAAUAAUUGAAUGCAAUGUAAAAGGAAUUUACUAUCUAAUAUUAAUAACAAGAUGAACAUUAAAUUAAGUCAAUUUGAUUGAAAUGGGUAAGAGGCAGGUACAUAUAGUAGCUUUUUUCUGUCCUCAGUCUUUUCUCUCUUCAUAGGUUUAACUGUUGAGCUGUUUUUUCAACUUAAAUAAUGCAUGCACACAUUAUAAAGAACUCUCUUGGUCUUCUAGAAUGUGCUUCCAAAUUCUAGUUUUAGAAACUACAUUAAUUAAAUACUGUAACUUUCCCUGAUAGCUUGGUGCCAGUGCAGAGUCUUAAUUGUAAAUUUAGGUGACAAAAUCUAGUUUGCAGUACUCUAUUGUAAAAUCUUGAUUCAAGUGAAUUAGCAUUUUAGUUUUUGAAGUUACCAUGAAAAUGAAAACACAACUUGUAAACUUAUCAACUAUCUUAAGACUAUACCAGCAAAUUUAGUAUUAGAACUAUUGCUCAACAAAUUUGUUGUUUUAUAUGUAACCAAAGCAACACUCGUAUUAACCCUCCUUGCUUUGAUCGACUCAAAUUAUUGUAAGGUAAUUCCAGGCCUGGCUGCCAGUGCUAGUAGCAAGUAAAGCUGAUUUUAGUAAGAGCAUGAAUGAGACAGGAUAAUACCAGUAAUAGGCCAGCUCUAAAUAGAAUAAGUAAAUUAGUUGAGACCUCUGUAUCUUCCUUCUGUCACCAUGUUCCCCUUGUCUUUAUUCUUGUCUGUGUCCUUACCCAAAAUGCUCCUCACUAAGCUACUUGAUAUAGCAGUUUUUCAGGAUAUUUGUAUUUUAAUAUAGCAAUUUUAAGGUCUUGAAAGACUUGCUAGAAUCUCUUAUUGUGGAGUUUCCAACACUCUGUCAAGUAUAAGAAAUGGAAUUACAUGUAUUUCUACUUUUUUAUGUUUGAAAAGCAACAACAUAGCUUUUGUUCUAGGCAGACUACUCAUUUCUCCUCUUUUAUAAUGCUUUAUGAAAAGCUAAUGAUUGUAAACAAGUACUCACUGAAAAUUCCUUCAAGUAGAGGACAGUGAGACAUGGAAUAUUUUUAGUGUUUUAAGAUAGAAGUCACUUAAGAUGUAACAAACAUUCUAUCAUUUUGUAAGUCAUUUUCUCUAAAGUUUGUUUAGUGAAAAUCCAAAGAUUCUUUUUUUUUUUUUUUUUUUUUUUUGACAGGCUGAGUUAGACAGUGAGGAAGAGAGAGACAGAGAGAAAGGUCUUCCUUUUUCCAUUGGUUCACCCCCCAAGUGACCACUACAACUGGCACAUUGCGGCUGGCGUGCUGCGUCGAUCUGAAGCCAGGAGCCAGGUGCUUCCUCCUGGUCUCCCAUGCGGAUGCAGGGCCCAAGGACCUAGCCCAUCCUCUACUGCACUCCUGGGCCACAGCAGAGAGCUGGACUGGAAGAGGAGAAACUGAGAUAGAAUCCAGCGCCCCAACUGGGACUAGAAUCCGGGGUUUUGCCGCUGCAGGUGGAGGAUUAGCCUAGUGAGCCAUGGCGCUGGCCCAAAGAUUCAUUUUUAUAUACUAAAAGAUGUAAAUAUUAAGUUAUAUAUGAUAACUUUCAAUGGAAAUUAAAAAUUGGUAUUAUCAUAAAUAUUAUCUGUUAUCUGUUGAGUAACUUAAGCCAAUUCUGGGUUUCAUUUUGUCUCUUCAUUCAGUUUAGAUUCUUAGGACAUGAUUUGUUUUAGAGUAAUACCUGCUUACAGUUAAGCAAAUUCAUGAGUUUUCAGCCAUGUAAAACAGUGCCUGUUCUCAGUUGGUAAACAUCUAGUUGGAUAAUGAUAAUGCUAUUCCAAUUUAGUAAAUACAGCGAAUGCAGCGCUAAAGCUGCAGCAAUGCGACAGAAACCACCUGUCUCCUUCUAACAUUGUCAGCAGGUUGCACCUUCAGUGUGGGUUAGGGGAAAAUAAAGUAAUAGCUUCUUCUUGUUCAAAGUUGUCACUCUGAGCCAGCUAGGGGGCCUGGUUUCCUCAAUACCUGGUGACAAUUUCAACCUCAAGGAUUAUUAAGUUUUCCCAAAGGGUCACGUCAAGCCAAGUGAAUCAAAGAUAGUUACAAAUUAAUUGCCUUCUUGCAAUACACAGAAAAGCAAAAUAAGCAGGAAGAAUAUUGAAAAUAAGCAUGAAAAUUAUUCACAUAGAAUGAUAAACAAAUAUCAUGUGUCUAGAGAGGAAAUUUUCCAAUUGGCUCAGGAAAACACAGCCCUUCAAGGUGGUGCUGGAUGGCUCUGGGACUGUCAAAGCAGUCAGCAGUGAAGUAAAGGGCUUUUUACCCCAGCAGAGCCUCCCACAGCUGAUGGCUGAUGGCUUUUCAUAUUGUGUGUGGAGUGCAGUCACAGUGAGAUGUGUCACAGAUGACAAAAGAAGGCACCAAUAUGUACGGCUUCAGACGAUGUAUUAUCUUACCUUUCAGAUACCAACCUUGAAGGGAGAGGUCUCAGAUCCAAACUUUUCAUGCAUAUAGGCACAAAGCUGUCAGUGUGGUUCUUAGCAAGAAACAAGCAGUAAGCCUCUCACUGAAUUAGCCAAUCAUGUGGAAGGAACAGGCCUCCUUGCAGUUAGCCAGCCAUUGGCUCACAGCUUGUGAUGAAAGAAAAAGCUCAAAUUGGAGUAUAUGCUGUAAAAAGACAACCACAUUAAUCAUAAUUAAGAUAGUAAUUUACUUAGAUUCACAAGAACCAUAACAUAACAGAUAUCACAACAGAAGUUCAGUAUGUAAAGGUGUAUAUAAAAAUCCCUUAAAUUCCUUGAAUGACUUUUUAAAAGGUUAUGAUAAUUUUCUAUUUUUAUUUUCAAUGCUUGCAUAUACAAUGAAAAUACAGUGAAGAAAUGGGCUUAUUAAAUUCUUCUGUAUUUACAUGCUGUAAAAUUUUUGUCAGUGUCCCAUAAGAAAUAAUAUCAACCUAAGGUGACCUAUAUGUUAAAUUAUUAAUGACCACAAUAAUUCUGUAAGCCCCAGUGAAGGUUAAUCCUUUGUCAGAGAUCAUGCAUUCUCAAUGAGACAGAGCCUGGCUUUAAGUCUUAUUCCAUCUAACUUUAAAGCCUAAACCCUUUUCUCUUACACAAAUGGAUAUGCGAAAUAUAUAGAAUAUACAAAAGGUUACAGAGACAUUAUAGUACAGUUUCUGGUUAGUGACAUGAUUAGAACAGCACAGGAGAGAUGAUUCUAAACUGAAAUGAUCUAGAAAAGCUAUAUGAGGAUACAACUUAUGUUGGACUGUGAGCUCUGCAUAGAUAAUGUCUUAGUAAAAACAUUGGCCUCACGAAGAAUGAAGACGGAGAGUUUUUGAAGAUAAUUGUUACUAUGUGUUAGUUAUUGAUGUCUGUAUGCUAGCCUUACAGCUAGGUAGGUGUUUAACACAUGUUUGUUGAAUUGAAAGCAUUCUGGGAGAUGAGGGAGACAUUGAUGAAAUGUACCAUCUUGAUGUGUUGGAGUUGUGGACUGGAGGGGGAUAAGGAUGAGUGGGAAUAGUGAGGGAGAGAGAAAGCACAAGUGAGCUUUUCCUAUAUUUUGGAAUAAUGGGUCACAGAAGGAGGAAUUUUGAAAUUUGAUGAAUGGAUUAGCACGUGAUGCACCAAGUCAGCUUUGAUAGACAGGGGAUGUCAUUGAAGCUUUGAAAGAUGUAGAAGGGGUUUGGGUUCACCAUGAGGCCAGGGCAGAUGGACUCAUAAGAUACCAAGUAUUCAUCCAAAUUACAAGUAUUAAGGACCAAGUUGAAAUUUGAGAACUGAAUUUGGAUCGUGUCUUUUCUACAAGUUUUUCUAUUGUCAUCUCAGAAACCGGAGGGAUAAUGCAGAGGAAAUAAUUCUGCCUUAAUAUUCACCGUUCCACAUCCAGCAUACUAAUUGUACCAGAUGCCACACUGUUUUCAGGUCAGGAUACCUGGCUGUGCAUAUAGGUCUAGGCUUUGGUAUAGGGUGGGAAUGGCGCAUAGGUACAAAUUUAAAAUAUUAACCCUGGAGAACUUCUCUCAAACAGUGCUUUAGAAAGCAUUUAGGUCACAGGGGUUAAUUCCAGAGGUAGCAAAAAUGUUCGAUUGGAGAAAUCUCAUGGGUUCAUUUGGUCAUUUCUCACAAUUGUAAUAUUUUAAAUUGUUAUGCUAUAAAUGUCUGUCCUUCCCAUCAUCUAAUUAUAAUGUGCAAGGACUGAUUGCGUGUACUCUCUGACUACUCUUAGUCGUUGGCAGUAAUAACCCUAAACAAAGCUGCAAGCGCUAAUUACCUCCUUUUCCUAAUCUCAAUUUCGAUGUGCUUUUGAACUAGUAUGUGCUCUGGCAUUCUAAGAGGGCUUCUCUCCAUCAUUCAAGAGACAUUUACUUCAGACUUCAGAAAACCAGAUUUUGAAUUAGAAUUUUUUUGGAGUUUUUUAUGUUUACAGUUCUAUACAAGUAAUGACACUGUGUGUCUAUUAAUUUUUGUAUGCCUCAGUCAGCAAUGCCUACAUUCAGGGAAGCAAGUAUAAAAGCUUACACUGAGGUAUCUGUGAGUUGUAUAUACUUUUUUGAUAGAAAACAUGCAGUUAUGAAGAGGGUUCACUUCUGUCUUACUCGCUGGAUUUUGUCUGUAAAUAACUGAUAAUGUGAUCCUGUACCUCAUUUUGAUGUGCUGUUACCUGAGUUUCUUGUGGUAAUACGAAGAAUGUAGAAAAAAUACAAAUCAGCUUUGGGUGAUUCAUUCAAUUAUUGAGCACAUAUGAAAAUGCUGAGGCAGAGAUGGCUGUUUAUUCCUUUUUACUUAAAGACAGGAAGCUAUUUUUGAUGACAUUGCAUUAAGGCAGAUUUCAUAGUUUAAAGCAGAGAACUUUUACUUUCUCCAAAGUCUUGACCAUGAGAAUGUGGCCUCAUAAAAAUAAUUUCCAUUUCUUUUUUCAAAAAUUCUAUUUCUUAAAUGGUUUUUUCACUCUUAGUUAUAUGACUGAGCAACCCAUUCUGUCUUAAUGUCCUUACACUUAAAAUGGGAUUAUUAAUCUACCUGCUAAACGUUAAAGUCAUUGUGAGGCUUAAAUAAAUCACAAGAGAAUAAUUAGAACAGUACCUGGUAAUUUCUGAAUGUAUUGUUGGCUGUGGUUUUAAAUUUAGAGUAUGACCUCGGCCACACCAGCAGUGAAAAGAUUCCAGCUCUACCCUUUACCCUUUGUACCUCAGUUUCUAUGUAACAUAGAAGUGAUAUUGAUGCCUACCUCAUAGAUUUGGGGAACAAUUAAUGAAGUUAAUGCAUGUAAAACUUAGAACAAUGUUGCAUGUAAUAAGCCUAUUAUAAUUAUUUUUAAUGUAUCACAUUAUAGCAAAGUAGGAAAAAAGAUAAGGUAAAAGCACAAGAAUUGAGCAAGAGGCCAGCGCCGUGGCUCACUAGGCUAAUCCUCCGCCUUGCGGCGCAGGCACACCGGGUUCUAGUCCCGGUCGGGGCGCCGGAUUCUGUCCCAGUUGCCCCUCUUCCAGGCCAGCUCUCUGCUGUGGCCAGGGAGUGCAGUGGAGGAUGGCCCAAGUCCUUGGGCCCUGCACUGGGGGAGACCAGGAUAAGUACCUGGCUCCUGCCAUUGGAUCAGCGCAGUGCGCCGGUCGCAGCGCAGCGGCCAUUGGAGAGUGAACCAAUGGCAAAGGAAGACCUUUGUCUCUGUCUCUCUCUCACUGUCCACUCUGCCUGUCAAAAAAAAAAAAAAAAAAAAAAAAAAAGAA